AUGGAAUUAAGAACGUUUAAGAUGAUUCAAUGGGCUGAGAUCUGUCACACCAAGGGUUGGAUAAUUAAGGGCUUUGGUCCAUGUGAGAGGAAGAAGUUCCCGGAUUCGACGAUGGUAGCACUUGUGGAGCCAAUCGAACCAGGACCAUCCACAAACACUUUUGGUGCAGGAACAAUUCGAGGAACGUUUCAAGCCACAAUUUGA